AAGAGCCAACGUUUUUCGUGUCCUGCCGCUCUCCUCCGCAGCCUUGCUCCGCGGACGAGCCCCUGAGGCCUCCGUCCUCCCCUCAGAGGUGUCGGGGCUUGGCCCAUCUCUGAGGAUGGCGAGCAGCAGCGGCUCCAAGGCCGAAUUCAUCGUCGGAGGGAAAUAUAAACUGGUACGGAAGAUCGGGUCUGGCUCCUUCGGGGACAUUUAUUUGGCGAUCAACAUUACCAGCGGCGAGGAAGUGGCAGUGAAGCUAGAAUCUCAGAAGGCCAGGCAUCCCCAGUUGCUGUCCGAGAGCAAACUCUCUAAGAUUCUUCAAGGUGGGGUGGGCAUCCCCCACAUACGGUGGUAUGGUCAGGAAAAACACUACAAUGUGCUAGUCAUGGACCUUCUUGGACCCAGCCUUGAAGACCUCCUCAAUUUCUGUUCAAGCAGGUUCACAAUGAAAACUGUACUUAUGUUAGCUGACCAGAUGAUCAGUAGAAUUGAGGAUGUGCGUACAAAGAAUUUUAUACACAGAGACAUUAAGCCAGAUAACUUCCUAAUGGGUAUUGGGCGUCACUGUAAUAAGUCAUUCCUUAUUGAUUUUGGUUUGGCCAAAAAGUACAGAGACAACAGGACAAGGCAACACAUACCAUACAGAGAAGAUAAAAAUCUCACUGGCACUGCUCGAUACGCUAGCAUCAAUGCACAUCUUGGGAUUGAACAGAGUCGCCGAGAUGACAUGGAAAAAGCAGAGCAGAUGAUCGGAGCAGCAUUUGUUUCUCCCCAAAUCUAGGAAUUUUAGUUCAUAUGUACACUAGCCAGUGAACAACCAUUUACCUAGUGUAAAGAACUUAAUUUCAGUAUAAACUGGCUCCGGACAGCAUUGGUGAUGUCGUGUCCCGAGUUGUAGCCGCUGUAAUUGUGAAUAUUAACUGAGAUAGUGAAACAUGGUGUCCAGUUUUCUAUUGCACUUUUUUCAAGUGGAAAAGUUAACUAAAUGGUUGACACACACAAAUUGGUGGAGAAAUUGCGCAUAUGCCAAUUUUUUUGUUAAAAUCUUUUAUUUUGAACUAUACUGCUUUGAGAUCUCAUUUCAGAAGAACGGCAUGAACAGUCUUCAGCCACAGUUGUGAUGGUUGUAAAUGCUCACAAUUGUGCAUUCUUAGGGUUUAUCCAUCCCUGGGGUUUGCAAGCUGUUCACUUAAAACAUUCUUAAAAUGGUUGGCUUCUUGUUUGCAAGCCAGCUGAUAUGGUAGCAAACAAAGAUUCCAGUGUUUGAGCACACGAAAGACUGCCUGCUUACCUGUGCUAGAAAUAACAGCAUCUAAAGUGAAGACUUAAGAAAAACUUAGUGACUACUAGAUUAUCCUUAGGACUCUGCAUUAACUCUAUAAUGUUCUUGGUAUUAAAAAAACAUAUUUGUCACAGAAAUUUAGUUAACAUCUUACAACUGAACAUGUAUGUAUGUUGCUUAGAUAAAUGUAAUCACUGUAAACAUCUAUAUGAUCUGGGAUUUUGUUUUUAUUUUGAAAUGGGAGCUUUUUUGUUUACAAGUUCAUUAAAAACUAAAAAC